CGCCGAGCGCCGAGUGCGGGGGAGGCUGCGCGGGAGCCCUGGCUGGAGUGGGCCCUAGGCGGAUGUGAACUGAGCGGACCAAGAUGGCGGUACAGGUGGUGCAGGCGGUACAGGCAGUUCAUCUCGAGUCUGAUGCUUUUCUAGUGUGUCUCAACCACGCUCUGAGCACAGAAAAGGAGGAGGUGAUGGGUCUAUGUAUAGGGGAGUUGAAUGAUGACACAAGGAGUGACUACAAAUUUCUAUGUACUGGAACUGAAACACGCACAGUUGCUGAAAAGGUUGACACCGUCCGAAUUGUACAUAUUCAUUCUGUCAUCAUCUUACGACGUUCUGAUAAGAGGAAGGAUCGAGUAGAAAUUUCUCCAGAGCAGCUGUCUGCAGCCUCAACAGAGGCGGAGAGGUUAGCUGAACUAACAGGUCGCCCCAUGAGAGUUGUGGGCUGGUAUCAUUCCCAUCCUCAUAUAACCGUUUGGCCUUCACAUGUUGAUGUUCGUACACAAGCCAUGUACCAGAUGAUGGAUCAAGGCUUUGUAGGACUUAUUUUUUCCUGUUUCAUAGAGGAUAAAAACACAAAGACUGGCCGGGUACUUUACACCUGCUUCCAAUCCAUACAGGCCCAAAAGAGUUCAGAGUAUGAGAGAAUUGAAAUCCCAAUCCAUAUUGUACCUCAUGUCACCAUUGGGAAAGUGUGCCUCGAAUCAGCAGUAGAGCUGCCCAAGAUUCUGUGCCAGGAAGAGCAGGAUGCAUAUAGAAGGAUUCACAGUCUUACACAUCUGGACUCAGUAACCAAGAUACAUAAUGGCUCAGUGUUUACCAAGAAUCUGUGUAGUCAGAUGUCAGCAGUCAGUGGACCUCUCCUGCAAUGGUUGGAGGACAGACUGGAACAAAAUCAACAGCAUUUACAGGAGUUGCAACAAGAAAAGGAAAAGCUUAUGGAAGAACUUUCUUCCCUAGAAUAAAGUAGAAGACAAAAAUGGGAGAAGGUGAAAAUACCCAGAGAACAAUUACACUU